CUGCUAAUCAGUUGAGUUUAGCAGGCUGCAUACACACUCCAGCCGCCAAGACACCCUUGCACACAGACAGCAUGAGAGAAAUAGUUCACAUACAAGCCGGACAAUGUGGGAAUCAGAUUGGCACCAAGUUUUGGGAAGUUAUCAGUGAUGAACACGGCAUCGAUCCGGCAGGAAACUAUGUGGGUGACUCAUCGCUUCAACUCGACAGGAUUAAUGUGUACUACAACGAAGCGUCCCCACACAAGUAUGUCCCCAGAGCAAUCCUUGUGGACCUGGAACCUGGGACCAUGGACAGUGUCCGGUCGGGGUCCUUUGGACAGCUAUUCAGACCUGACAACUUUAUCUUCGGGCAGACGGGUGCGGGGAACAACUGGGCCAAGGGCCACUACACUGAGGGAGCAGAGCUGGUAGACUCUGUGCUGGAUGUGGUGAGGAAGGAGUGUGAGCACUGUGACUGUCUCCAGGGCUUCCAGCUCACCCACUCCCUGGGUGGGGGCACGGGCUCAGGAAUGGGCACCCUGCUCAUCAGCAAGAUCCGUGAGGAGUACCCUGACCGCAUCAUGAACACGUUCAGCGUCAUGCCCUCACCCAAGGUGUCCGAUACGGUGGUCGAACCGUACAACGCCACGCUCUCUGUGCACCAGCUGGUGGAGAACACGGAUGAGACAUACUGCAUUGACAACGAGGCGCUCUACGACAUCUGCUUCCGUACCCUGAAACUGACCACGCCCACUUACGGAGACCUCAACCACCUGGUGUCGGCCACCAUGAGCGGUGUGACCACCUCACUGCGCUUCCCUGGCCAGCUCAACGCCGACCUUCGCAAACUGGCCGUCAACAUGGUGCCCUUUCCCCGCCUACAUUUCUUCAUGCCUGGCUUUGCACCACUAACCGCCCGGGGAAGCCAGCAGUAUCGCGCCCUGACAGUGCCCGAACUCACCCAGCAAAUGUUUGACGCCCGCAACAUGAUGGCGGCGUGCGACCCGCGCCAUGGCCGCUACCUCACCGUGGCCACUGUUUUCCGAGGGCCCAUGUCCAUGAAGGAGGUGGACGAGCAGAUGCUGGCCAUCCAGAACAAGAACAGCAGCUACUUCGUGGAGUGGAUCCCCAACAACGUCAAGGUGGCCGUAUGUGACAUUGCGCCCCGCGGCCUUAAGAUGGCCUCCACAUUCAUCGGCAACAGCACGGCCAUCCAGGAGCUGUUCAAGCGCUUCUCGGAGCAGUUCUCGGCCAUGUUCCGCCGCAAGGCCUUCUUGCACUGGUUCACCGGGGAGGGCAUGGACGAGAUGGAGUUCACAGAGGCCGAGAGCAACAUGAACGACCUGGUGUCUGAGUACCAGCAGUACCAGGAGGCCACGGCUAAUGACGGGGAAGAGACAUUUGACGACGAGGAAGAAGAACUCAAUGAGGAAUGGAACCUUGAAGCCCAAUAGCUUGAAGCCCCCAUCUUUGAAGACAAUGUUAUCUCACUGAGCUAAAGCUAAGGCGUUAGCACUGGAAACAGAAAUAUCCAGCAAUGAUGCUGACAGUGUUUUUACCUUAAUAGUGAUUGUUUAUGUACUGUAAGUGUUUAUCCCUGUAAGGAUUCACUGGCUCAGAAAUUAUAUAAAAUGAAUCGUUGAUAGCAGAACAACUAUGUGAGCAAAAGAAAGCCAAUUGAACUCUCUAUAGAAAGCUGUUCUUGCGUUAGAGCCAGAACCAGAUACAGUACGCUAGAUUGCAGUAUGUCACAACAAACAACCAACCAAGUAGUUUGCUUUAGUAAGUAAGAGAUUGCAAUUAUCUUCGAGCAUUUCGGGUCUGAGUAGUAUGUGAAUCAAACCUCAAUAAAUGUUUCCUUGAAAUUGUCAAUUUGUUGUGAGUUUGAAGAAUGAAAAUAACUACAGUUGGUGAAAUUGU